UUUCCAUUAUUCUUUCUCACUAUUCACAAAAGCUUUACAUUUAUUCGACCUUACAAACCAAAACAUUCACUCCUAAAAUUUUCAACUUCACAAACACACAUACCAAUUAUCUCAUACAUCUUCAUUUUCCUUUUUUAAAUUUUCUCUUGUUCUAAAAUGGCAAGAAAAAAGAAUAGUAUGGGAGCGAUGUUGCUAGAGAAAGAAAGCUUUAGAAGAACAAAAUUCGGAACCCUUUUGUAUUCCGAUCCAAUUAGUGACCCUGAAGAAAGCAAUAGCAAUUCAGCUCGCAGCAGCAAUGCUUCUUCUGCUCCAAGUCCACCUAGAACGUCGUCGUUUUACACCACAACUACUAUAACAAACUCCCCUAAUUAUUUUAUGUCUCCUUGGAAUCAAUCCGCUUCCCCUUAUGUUAAAUCCCCAUGGAUUCACCAGCCAUUUCUUGAUUCCUCAGAAGAAUCAUCAGAAAUCAGCGAUUGUAAAAAUGGUCUAAUUGGCUCACUCGUACGAGAAGAAGGACACAUAUAUUCAUUAGCUGCAUCUGGAGAUUUGUUAUACACAGGUUCAGAUAGCAAAAAUAUUAGAGUAUGGAAAAAUUUAAAGGAAUAUUCUGGGUUCAAGUCUCACAGCGGAUUAGUAAAAACCAUUGUUGUUUACGGAGAUAAAAUAUUUACCGGCCAUCAGGAUGGUAAAAUUCGGGUUUGGAAAUUUAUGGGUAAAAAAAGGAAGGCGUACAAGCGAGUUGGUAGUUUACCUACCAUUAGAGAUUAUUUAAAAAGUUCAAUUAAUCCCAAGGCGUAUGUUGAAGUUAGACGAAAUAGGAAUGUUCCGUGGAUUAAGCAUUUUGAUGCUGUUUCUAGUUUGAGUUUGGAUAAAGAAAGAGGGUUGCUUUAUUCUGGAUCUUGGGAUAAAACACUCAAAGUUUGGAGAUUAUCGGAUUCGAAAUGUCUGGAAUCUAUUACUGCUCACCACGAUGCGAUUAAUUCUGUGGUCGUUGGAUUUGAUGGAUUGGUUUUUACUGGCUCAGCAGAUGGGACAGUAAAAGCUUGGAGAAGAGAAUUGGUCGGUAAUAGUGCAAAACAUGUUCUUGUGGAAACACUGCUGAAACAAGACAAUGCUGUGACUUCACUGGCCGUAAAUGCUGUGGCAGCCACGAUAUAUGCCGGCUCAUCCGACGGACUAGUAAAUUUCUGGGAGCGACAGAAGCAUUUCUUAGAGUAUGGAGGUGCGUUGCGGGGUCAUAAAUUAGCGGUAUUAUGCGUGGCUGUUGCUGGUAAUCUGGUAUUGAGUGGAUCGGCUGACAAGAGCAUAUGCGUGUGGAGAAGGGAAGAAGGUGGUGUUGUCCAUAGUUGUUUAACAGUAUUGACAGGACACAAUGGCCCAGUGAAGUGCUUAACCGUUGAAGAUGAUCAAAAUGACAACGACGACGACGACAAAAACGAUGAUAGCGAAGAUGAAGCUGUGGUGAAGAACAAAAGUGACCAAUAUUGGACAGUGUAUAGUGGGAGUUUGGACAAGUCUGUUAAGGUUUGGAGAUUAUCCGAGCAGGGAUUCAAUGCCUAUGAGGAUAUGUGAAAUUGCUAGUGCUCGUAUCAUCGUUUACACUUUAGUAGUAUCGCGUUCAAUUUUCACUGUUUUCUUUCUUCUAGUAGAAAAGGAUGCACGUGAAAUAUAAUCGUGGAUGGUGUGUGGUUUGAACGCGCCGCCGAGUAGGAGGCUGAGAAGCUAGCGGUUGUGGAUUGCCGUGUGGGGUUGGACAUUACUGAUAUUUAGGACUUGGUCGUUAAGGUAACAGCAGUGGAAAAGGACCGACAUCUUGUGAAAAGCAAGCAGCUUCACACAAUGAAGGAGAAAACUGGUUUUUUGUGCCGUUAAAAACCGGCCAAACGGCGGUUCUCUUCGUGGGGGACCAGUGAGCAGAAACUUAACAAUGAAGGAACAUUAGUAUGAGAAGCAAUCACGGACUAACAUUACUCAAAUAAUACAAAACAUACUGAAGUUGUACUCUAGUACAUAUCAGCAAAAUGUCUUCAUUUGUUUUUUUUUUUCCCCUUCUUUUCAUUUGCUUGUAAGUUUCCUAAAUGAUUGUCUUGUAAAUUUUAGUUGGGAAGUACUAACAAAGUGUAAAUUUGAAAGUUCUGCAGCUCCUUUAAAUCAAUUGUAACAGAUUAUGUUAAUGUUUAA